AUGCAAGACCAAAAACGUAUAUCAGUGAGUGAUGGCUUAAUUGUAGUAAAUGAUCAUAAAUUUAAAGUUGAAGUAUACAAUGUAUCAACAUCCCCAGUAACUUUACAACAAAAUAUGCAUUUGCGAACAAUAUCCCGUUUAUCGGUCAACACAUAUUUUUCAACUAUGAUGGAACAAGCAAAAAUGCCAGCGAACGACUUAACUAGACAAGAAAAUCAAACCAAAUUUUGUGAAACAACAUCAAUCAGUACAACUAUUGAUUCAUUAGUUCACCAUUUGGGUCAGUCAAACCAACGACAGCAAAUUAAAUCAAUUUUAGAAGAUUAUAGUUCUUUAUUUGAUACAACAACACCAAGAAAAGUACUCACUCCGAUUCAUCAUGUCAUUGAUACUGGAGAUCAUUCCUCAGUGACUGCACGACCGUAUUUUAAAACAAUACAACAACGUAAAGAUAUCCAAAACGAAAUUGAUAAAAUGUUAAAAAGUGGAAUAGUGGUACCUAGUCAUUCAUCCUGGUCUAGUCCAGUCAUCUUAUUGAAAAAACCAAAUGGGGAAUUUCGCUUUAUUGUGGAUUAUAGAAAACUAAACUCCAUUACAAAAAAAGAUGCUUAUCCACAGCCCACAACAGAAGAGUUAUUACAACGGCUUGGAGGUCAUAAAUGGUUUACAAAAUUAGAUUUAAAAUCUGGUUACUUUCAAAUUCCAAUACAAGAUCAAGAUAAAGAGAAGACAGCGUUCUGUACGCAAGAUGGACUGUAUCAAUUCGAAGUUCUGCCGAUGGGUCUUAUGAAUGCCCCACCCACAUUUCAAAGAGUUAUGAAUAACAUUAUCGGUUAUAAUCGUUGGGAUUAUGUGCUUAUUUAUUUAGAUGAUAUUAUUAUAUUUUCCGACACCUUUGAACAACACCUACAACAUUUGAAUCAAAUAUUAUCUAUUUUAAAUCAACAUC